CACGAUUGUAAGACAACCAACAAGUGCAGUUACUCACUUGUCCAGUAGAUGGUGCUGCUUUUGCACAUUUUCCUCCAACAACAUUUGAACAGCUUUGUCGGGAUAGUGUGGGAAGCAUUACAGAUUAUUUUUUGGUUACUACAUAUUGAGUAAUAUUCAGUUUGAGCUUACUUUAGUACAUUUUAAUUUCCAGUAAGAAAGAAAAUAUGACUGCUUGUCUAACCAGCAAACUAAUAUCAUACAUUGUUGUAGUAAUUGUAACAACACAGCGCAGCAGUUAUUACUUGUAUGUCAAUUUUGAUAAAUAGUAUUUUUAAAAGGUAAGCAUACAACACAUAGGUCUGUUAAUAUAUUGAUAUUUUUAUUUUGUAGUAAUAUAAGCUAAAAUAAUGCAAUAAUACUGAUUAAUAGUUGUUUCCUAAGAGUGUCAGAAUGUGUAAUCACGGUAGAACAGAAACGGGGCCAAAAUGAAUAAAACAAAAGCCCUGGGAGACCAAAUAUAGGGCCGCAUAUGCCUGCUGCAGUGUGGUCAACAAGGCGUGACGUGCAAUAUUGUUUCUAGUGGACGCGACAUGGAAGACCUAUCACAGCAGCACACGAAUGUACAAAAGAGUGUUAGUUGGAUUUGUACUUGAGUGAUUUUGAGUAGAAUAAUCAUUGGGAAAAAAAAUAAGAAUGCUGACAAUUGCGAACAACACUACAAUAACUAACGAGGGGAGAAGACGUCAUGUAGCUAAAAUCAAAGAAUAAAGAACUAUAUAGACGUCGAACGUGGUAUUGAGAGCAUCACAAAGGUAAUGUGGCGUAGAGCGAUUUCAGCCAAUCGGAGAGUGGCGCCGGCACAGCUUCAUUUGCAUGCGAGCCCCUUAUAAGACCACCGGCGCUGCCUGCGUCCCCUCAUACCGAGCAGCGACCGCAAGACGUCAUGCCCGAGCCAGCCAAGUCCGCGCCCAAGAAGGGCUCAAAGAAAGCGGUCACCAAGACCGCCAGCAAGCCCGGCAAGGGCAAGAGAAGGCGGGGAAGGAAGGAGAGCUACGCCAUUUACGUGUACAAGGUCCUCAAGCAAGUCCACCCCGACACCGGCAUCUCGUCUAAGGCCAUGAGCAUCAUGAACUCGUUCGUCAACGACAUCUUUGAGCGCAUCGCCUCCGAAGCUUCUCGCCUGGCUCACUACAACAAGCGCUCCACCAUCACGUCCAGGGAGAUCCAGACCGCCGUCCGCCUCCUGCUGCCCGGCGAGCUGGCCAAGCACGCCGUGUCCGAGGGUACCAAGGCCGUCACCAAGUACACCAGCUCCAAGUGAGCCGAUUCGGUCUCGUCCCAAAACAACGGCUCUUUUAAGAGCCAUCCACUUUCUCUCUAAAGUGAACACGUUCCAUGUUUACAGGCCGGCAUUGGUUUUGUUUAAAUCUUUCUCAAUUUUUUUGUUGUAAUCCCAACAACAUGGAACAAACAGAACAUUUAUGUCAUUAAUGGAUAUGUAGCGUAUUUGUAAAUUUCAUCAUUUUAUUCAGUCAUUUCCUAGUGUAAAUUUAAAAAAAAAAAUGCACGUUUGUGUGCAGAUUGGAGCUCAGAAGACUUCGCUUUUAGUAAUUCCGCUCGCUCCGUGUAGUCUCUUUGUAGCCGCUAGGCAACGUAUUAUGGGUAUUUCCCCAUUUGUAUGGUUUUGAGAUUAGUUUGGGGGGGGGAAUGAAACUAAAUGCUACUGUGCUUUGUAAUAUGCAUUCACGUUGAGGGGAAAACUACGUAUACGCGUUGCCGUAUUCUGUGUGGGGCAGCAGGGGUGAUGGGAGAAGCUCACAAGACAAAUCAUGUCUUGUCUUCUGCAGGAGUAAAUGCAUUCUGGAAACGAAUAUGUUGAAGCGUCUUUGUUGUGCCUUAUCCACUCACUUGUUACAUAAUGGAGGAAUAUAAUAUAAACUUGCAACUAAAAACGUGAUUCCCUCUUUGUUUGAACUGUCUACACAAAGCACAUUUUGGUUUAUUUGGCUUUCAUUUUCUCGUGCCAACAUUUAAGGUCCAUACUUUUAGUUUUGGGCUUAGUGCUCUAUUUUUCUCUAUCUAAUGAGACGCUUUCCUCCUCCUUCGUCUUUGACCCACAGAAGUCGAAUAUAAAUUG